GCUUAGUGAAAAUUUUAUUACAAUAUAACCACAAUUAGAAUCCUGUAGUCUCCGAAACUACUGUACAGUUAAAUCUAAACGUUUCGUGAAUAAAGUUAUUUUUUUAUUUAUGUUUUUAUUGUUGUAUAGUGUUCGGUGUAUAGAAUAUUUCUCCGUUGUUUUAAAUUUUGAUAAGGAAACUCGUGAGUCGUGUUCAUAUAGUACAGUUAUCUGUACUGCGAGUUUGUUGUGCGAAUUGUUUAAGGAUAAACGCCGGUAUUUUAAUUUGUGGAUUUAAUAUCCUUGUUUUAUUAAUUUCCUGUACCGAAAAUAUAGGAUUUAAUAUGUGUUCUUUGAGAGAUUUUCCUGAACUACGGGAUUGCAGUCUCACGGAUAAGAACGCAUCCAUGGCAUUAGUCAUUAAAAGAGUGAAACCUGAGGCAAUUAAUUACCCAAAUAUUGUAAUCCAGUUGAAAGGAGAUCAAAAUCCUGAACCUUUAUUUUUACCAACUUCAGGACUAACAACAUUUCAACAAAUUUUAAGUAAAUUUUCGGAGGAAAACUUCUGGACUGCUUGUGAUGAACUAUCAAAAUAUUUUAAAAGAAAUCCGUGUAACCUAUCAGUUCUUAUGUAUCCAUUAGGAUUAAUUAUGAAAUUUUCUCCUCGUGCAAGUUUGAAGGGCUCUGAAAAUUUGGUGCUGACAGAUAUAAGUAGAACAAAAUUAUGGUCAUCAAGUGUAGUGCGUUGUAUGGCAUGGCAUCCGCAGGUAACUAAACUUGCUAUUGUUUCUUCCCAUGACAUUGUUUAUGUGUACAAUCGAAAAGGUUCUGAAGCAAAAAUAAAAAGGAAAUCUCAAAGUGCCAUUUUAUCAUUAGCUUGGAGGCCAUUAAGUAUUGGUACUUUAGCAGUGGGAUGUGAAAAAGGAAUUUUCAUCUGGACGAUUGAGUUUAGUAACAUACAUGUAAGACCAACUGUAAAUAAUGUUUGCAAAUUUGUCAGAGAUGAUCAUAGAUAUAUUACUGGAUUAUCAUGGAAUAAAAUGGGUGAUCUUUUAAUAUCCAGUGCAGUGACAUCUAAAACAAUGUAUAUUUGGAAUUAUCCUUUAGAAACCUGUGUUCCAUUGCGCAGCAUUAGUUCUGAUACUUUAAACUUUGUACAUUGGUCGCCUGAUAAUACAAAAGUGUUUUCUUGUUCAACUAAUGAAACAUUUAGAAUUUGGUCCACUGAUAACUGGACCUCAGAUAAGUGGUCUUUGAAUAACCGGUCUAGAGUGCAAUGUGCAUGUUGGUCACCUUGCAGUUUAGUUUUAUUAUUUGCAACUGAUUCUUGUUCGGUUAUAAAUGCUAUUGACUUCCGAAAAUCAGAUGUGUUCAAUGGAUCAAGGAAUUACAAAAAAGUUGCAUGGCCUAUAAUUGACAUCAAAAGUGAAUGUAUAAAUGAUAAAGUAAUUGGUGGAACACUUUCUGACAUGUGCUGGGAUCAAAACGCUCAACGUUUAGCUAUAACUUUCAAAAAUAGUGGAUCUUUAGUUGUAUUUCAAACUGCUAUAAGUGAUGCCGUUGUUGAUUGUAUUCCAUUUUGUAUUAUUCAAGGACGGCUUGACGAAGAACCUUCUGCAAUUGCAUUCCAACCAACUUAUGAAAAGGGGUCUUUAUUAACAAUUGGUUGGUCUAACGGUAAUAUUGAAUAUGUACCAUUUGAAUACACUUCUAAGCCAAAACAUGAACCUGAAAUAUUUGGAACAAAUUUGUUUGGUGUAAACAACAAUAAAAGUAUAUCUGGCCUACCUAGUAUGUCAACUACUACUAAUUCACUAAUUGAAUAUUUGUUAAACUAAUUAGAAAUGUGUGGUUUCUUUUUCUUAAUGUUUCUACAAUUUUUGUAAUUUUAAUCUCAAGUUUAAUAGUAAAUUAACCAUUAUAACACAAUUUCAAUGCUGAUAAAAUAUUUUAAUUGUAACUAUGCAAAAAAAAAAAAAUAUUUAUAUUGAAAUUUAUUUUAACGAAAUCUAUGUAUCAAUUUUAUUUAAUGAGAUUAUGCAAACCUAUUCAUUAUCUUAAAUAAGAAUUAAAACUUAAUAUUCAUUUCAAGACAUACUGGUUAGGAAAAAAUGUUUUACCUGUUUGUGUAUAUCUU